UGAUAGUCAACAUCAACUCAGAGUUUCUGAGCUAGAGCUUAAUUUUUGCAGUGCUGGAGGAAUAUAGUAUUUUUUAUAUUCUGGUUAAGUUACAAACAGUGAACAGCAUUGCAUGAAAAAAGGACAACAUCUUUUGGAAGAGUUUGAACAGAAGAAAAGUUGUAGUAGUAUAUUUUGAACAUAAAAUGGAAAUGGCAGAAAGUAAGAUUACACCUUCCGACAAAUCAGGAAAACUCCUGCAAAAAAUCUGGCACCUGAACUUGCUAGCAAGACGUUUGCUUCUGACAAGUGAUCUGGAUUAUGAAAAGAUAGAGGAGUAUGUGCAGCGACUGAUCUCUUUAACAAAAGAGCUGAGUGGAUCUCUCAGUCAACAGCUGGAGAAUGUUACAGAAAAUCUUCAAGAUACUUGCCACUUGCUGAGCACUCUCCUUGACAAACAUGAGGAAUUGACGGCAAGUCCAGAAUAUAAUGAUGUUAUAGAUUGUCUGCAGAAAAUGAACGACUGUUUGACAAGUACAGUUUCACACCUUCAAGAGGCCAAAAAUAAACUUCAUGCCGCUGGCUGCCAACAAGAUGAUGAUUCUCAGAUCCAAACUGCUCAAAAUGCUUUUGGAGAAAUGAGAGUAUGUUAUUCUGAAAGAGAAGCAAAGCAAUGUGUGCAAGCAUCCUCUAGUCCCAGUCAGCGAUCACAAAGAACUCCUUCCCAAAGCAAGACAGAAAGUCAGAACAUUAAUCGAGUUCAGCCACGUGAAAUCAAAACUGUGAAAAAAGAAACUGCUGCAUCAUUAGCUGAAAACAGAUCUGUCCGAGAACAGGAAGUUAGCAGAGAACGUCCAAUAACAAAAGAAGCUGGAGAAUACAGAGUGCUAACAACCUCUAUUUCAGAGAAAAUAGAUAAUAAUGGAAAAGACAAACCUCACAGAGAUGGCUCUUCUACUGAAGAAUAUCCAGAAUUGGCUUGUCAAGAUGUUCUUAUGGGCGGUGGAGAAGGUAUUUCAUCUCGGUCAUCAACAGAUACUCUUGACAGAACUGUCACAAAUCAUUCUGAACAGGAAAAAGAACAUAAGUUGACAGUGCUAAUGAAAGGCAGUAAAAAGGAAACAAACUAUGAGAUGUAUAGGAAUGAUCUAAUUACCAUCACAUCUUCAGCACAAACUGGUGAUCUUACUGUUGUGAAUCCUUCAAUGAACGAUUCAGAAGAAGUGCAAAAAUAUAGGCACUGGUUAAACAAAGAAUUUGUAGUGGAAGAGAGCGGUAAGAGUGAACAUAAAGUAGUUUGCUUUAUUAAAGCCCCUGCAACUGCCCUGGAGAAUCUGGUCUGUACGAUAGUCAAUGACACAAGUUCCUUGGUGGUGGAUGAUUUUGAGGAGCUGGUCAGCAAUGUCAUCAGUGUUGAAUGCUCUGAUUAUAAGAAAACAAUCCCUUUCCCUAUUAACAUUGCAAUCCCAUUUACUUCAUGCUUCAGAGGAAAUUAUUGGGAAAUUAUGGUGAAGGUGACAGAUGUGAACUUUCAAUCAAAUUACUUAACUCCCAUUUCUCUGGAAGGAUACCACGGAAACCACAAGGAAACCUUUGCGGAAGUGAAAGUUUAUCAGCUGGGUGUUUUUUCUGUGUUGUCAUGCUUAAAGAAAGAAACAUUUACCGUUCCAAAAGCAGGACUCUCACAAAACCUGAGCGUGGAUUCUAGGAUCUCUUUCUAUUACCCUUCGGAAACCUUCACUUCUCCAGCAACCAUGAAGUUAAAGAUUCAGCCAAUUGAACCAUCACUGAUUUCCACACUGAAAGCAAGACAUGACAUGUACCUCUCAGUGGUAUCUACCAGUGCACUGGUUUAUGUCCAGCAUCCUUCAGCCCAACCAUUUAAUAGUUCAGUCACCAUUACUCUACCCUGUCCUCCAAACCCAGAAAAAAAAAGGCAAGAGGAGGAAACAGAGCAAGUGAGAUCCAUUACUGCUACAGUAAAGAGAGUUGCUGCAGCAUACCAUCCUCGGGCUAUGAGUGCUUCUUUGAGAAAGAAUGGAGAGAAUCUUAGUGAUACUUUCAAAUUAUUAGGUCACAGAAACAAAGAGGAGUGGAUAGUCUUUGAUGAUAUUACUAUCCAGAAUGCACAGAAUGGGCUUGUGUCAUUUGAACUAAAUGAACAUUUAGAAAGCUUCAUGGUCAUUCGCCUUUCGUUCCUCUUGGAAAACACUUAUCUCCUCCUCUUUGCUCGGGCUCUGGAAGAAGCUGUUUGUAGCACAAUGUCUAAUGUGAUACUGUAUCGGAAAAGAGAAAACCCACAUAAAAUAAUAGUUUUACUAACUGCAUCCAAGGAAUUGACCUGGGAACUUCAAAAUCUCCACGAGGAGGGCUACUUUGGUCCCCCAGAACCUACACAGCAGUUUCCUUUAAGAGAAGGAGACCAGAUUCACCUUCAGUUUAAAGGCAAUAUAUUUGCUUCAGAAAAUGGAAAAGAUUUUGGAAAAGCCUACAGACUGAUUUUUCACUCACAAAGAAAGCCCAGACUAGAGCUCCAAAUUAAGGAAGUGGAUGAGUAUGGUAACCACAGCUCCCCUCACUACAAGGGAACAGCAGUGUUUUACAAAAUUACCAGAGGGAUGAUAACCAAGGAAUGGAAACAGCCCUUGCCACAUGGUAACUAUCAACACCAGUCUCCACUGAGCAAAUUACCACUGACAUUACCAAAGACAACCACGGGAGUCACUGAUGGAGCAGUUCUGAUCCAUCAGGAAUGUAUAAACACCCUUAGGAUUUUUCUUAGCAGAUGGGGGACUCAUCAAACCACCAGCACAGAAAAAAAGUGUACUUAGAAGAACUUUUUCACACUUUUGGCCUCCCCAGCUGCUAUGACCCUGAGAAAUUUUAACUGAAGUUGCGGUUAAAUAUCCUUGUAUCCCUUUCUUGGGAGUGCAGAAUUGCAAGUUGUAGGAGCAUAAACAGUCCGUGAAACCUCUCUUUCUCCUAUCACCUCAUUUUCCUAUUAUGCCUGAUAAGUAAUAUAGCCAUGUGGGCAAUUGUCUCCAGCACUGGUGAAAAUUAUUCUUGCAUAAAUUAAACUUUAAUAUUUCUGAAAUUAAAUCAAAUUGCAAUCUUUACAGAGUCUAGUUAUCAGCAUCCUGUACUGUACAAAAUGCUGCCACUAGACUACUGCUAUCAAAUUUGCAUACAUUUUAAUCUCAGAAUCUGCAGGUAGCACAUGGUCUGAAUCUCAGGUGUCACAAAGUAGCAACUCUUUCUUUUUGAAUUUAGUUUAAUUCAAUCUUCUUAAAUUAUCACCUGCAAAUUCAUUUUCUAUUCCAUAAGCAUACCUCUUGAUUUUUCUCUCAUCUCUAGUCAUCAAAUAAAAAUUAAGAACAGUUAAGUGCAGAAGGUUUUAAGGCAAGACUCCUUUUAGUAACAAAUUCCAUGUAAAAUGUAAACUGAGGGGUGGAAGAAGGUGAGGGAAAUCAUUUUCUUUCACUCUCUUUGCUUUUCCACAGAGCAUACCAUGUAAUCACAGGGAGGGAAAUAUAAACUCUAGAGGUUCCAGUGAGGAAGAUCACAAACAAGCAAAAACCAAAAACCACAAAGGAGCAACAACAACAAAACAGUAACAGCCUAGGCAUCAGUUAGUUUUCUUCUACCCACUUGGUUCUCUUCCAUCCCAUUUUUCCUCUUAAUCUUCCUUUGUAAUACAAACAAGAUUCAGUGAAUUGAACUGCAUAUGUAUUGAACCACAAAGGUAAUCAUCAAGAGUUUCAGUUUAGUUUUGGUGUAUAUCGUUUAGUGCUACACAUGUUAGUUCUUAAAUGUCCAACUUAGACUUUUGAAAUAACCUAUUUCUGAAUACUUCUUUUUUUCCUGCUACUCAGGAAAAAGAGGUAUCACUUCAAUCAGUGUUGCAGUAUGUUGCAAAUAUAUAUAUAUUUUCUGCUAGAGGUAUACUUCAAAGGGAUCAAAAUUUUCAUUUAAUGCAAAUAUUAAGCCAAAAAUGGGAUCAAAAUGCUUGGAAACAUUUGCAUAUUGAUAGCUUUUCCAUUAUUUGAUUUAUAUUUUCGAUUUUACUCAAAAUGAAAUACCUCUCUGUAGAAUGAAUAGCAUCAAAAUAACAUCUUUUAUAUAAUCUCAGUUCACAAAAUUCCAUACUGAACAAAUUGAUAGAAAUGUUAAGAACAUGAAAUAUUAUAUUUUGGCUAUCUUGCUGGCUGAAAGGUAGGAAAAAUAGAGUAGGAAAAAGUAGCUGCUUUUCUGAAGGGAAGAUGAUUACUAAUGAAGUCCCACACAGAUCUGUGCUAAUGUAUUCUUUAGAAACUUCUGAAUAGUUAAGCAGAACAUUUGCUGAUAGUACAAAAUAUUAAAAGCACUGCAGUUGUCUGUGAAGAAUCACUGAAUCUAAUGAUACUGAAUGUCUAGAAAAUAAAAUAGACAAUUUAGAUGUUAAAAAGCUUUUGUUGGUGGUGGAGGAAUGUGGCUAAUAUGAUCAGAAACAUAGACGGGUUCCAGGUAGAAAAACAAUACAUUAAUAACAACUCUUCAGACAAUUUUGAUAGAAGUUGAAAAGUUGUAUACGCUCAUGAAUGAUGGAGGAAGGGAACAUGGAAGGGCUAUAGCUUCUUUUGUAGGAUACAAGAACAAUGAUAUUGGUAAGUGGUAGGUGCAACUACUGAUGCAAAAGAACAUUUUUUUUACAUACAAAAUAAUCAAAAGAUAAAUUCAUUUUCACAGAAUAUUACAGUAGCUAAAAAUGGGUUUGAGGAAGGAAGUGGCUGGAAGAGCCAUAUAUUAAACAUAAUGAUCCUGCUUUCAUUGAAUUCUAGGGAAACAAAAAGGAAAUUCUAAUUACUUAGCAUAUCCUAUUGUUCUAAAAUUAUUUGCAGAGAAGAAAAAAAUAAACAGCGAAGCUAACAUAGGUACUGUAUCCAGCAUUUACUACCCAUGAUGUGAUCAAUAAAUUUUAAUCAGAUAUACCAUCACAUUAUGAUGUGCUUUCUAAUGAAUAAAGAAAGUAGAAGGAAAUAGUCAAAACAGUCAAAACAGCAAAGACUAUUCAUAUUUCUACUGUUUGGCUGAGUUCAUAGAUAUCUUUAACUAACAAUUCCUGCAUAUGGAGCUUUUGUUUUCUCAGCAUUAGAAACAGGUUUGACAAACAUGUUCAACACAAGGAAAAUGUGGAGGAUCAGGUUCUGAUAUCAAGUAUGUGUGUGCAUAUCAGUGAUUUUCUACUGAGAUUUCAAGCCAGUUGUAUGACUGUAAAGCUGGGUUAAAGAGUUUAAAAGGUUAAUUUCUCCUUUUCUGUCUGUCCUGCUUGAUAUGCAAGUAGAGUCUGUUCAUGUCUGAAGGUCCAUUUGCAGGGCACUUUAGUAUUACUGACUGAAAUCAGAGUGCUUUGCAGAAAGAUAGUGGUGUAAUCCAUACAAGCAUUAUCAAAUUACUAUUCUGCUGAAGUUCUGCAACUAAUGACUGUCUAACAGCAAAAUAGCAUGAGAUCCAAUGGUUCAAAAAGGCAGCUGCUUAGCUAAUUUUAAGGCCUUCCAGACUACAAAACUGCUUUGACCGCUAAGAGUAUUUUACUUACACUGUCAAAUAGAACAGCCGGGCCAUGUGCCAGUGCAGCUGAACCAGGGGUGAAUUUAGCUCUUCACUAUGGGUAUUUAAUCUUUAAAGGCAGAUGUAAUGUUUUCUGUCUAACGCACUGUAUAUUAUUGUACGAUUACCGGACAAUACUCGUCAAUUCUUAUCAUUUUUACUACUGUUUUAAUAUUAAGUAUCAUAAAGUAGUUCAGAUUAAAGUCAAACCAUUGGUAACUGAGUUCAUCUACAGUAACUCUGAAAGUAUCAUGCAGAGCUUUGAGGUUCUAAAUUCUCAUUAAUGAAUGAAAAUAAGUUUAAAUAUAAAUGUGCUCUUAAAAAGAAGUCAAAGAAAUCUCUGCCUUGGAAGAAAAACAAUGCCCCCUUCUGGAGAGAGCUCUACUUUCCCAUUAUUUUGAGUGCCUUUUCAAUCAUGUUACUCUGCCUUCACACAGUGCACGACAGAACUGCUGUAGAAGCACACAAGCCAAAGAAGAUUUAAAUCUCCAGGUGUGCACAGCCCAGAACUGUCUUGCAGUGUGGGCAGUGUGUGCUCUGAGCCUCCUGUACACACUAGAAUCCCCUCCCAAGUCCACAGGCCUCCUGAAAGCUGUUUAACUCACAGGUGAAUUGGAAACUCAGUUACGGUCAUAUUUACUUUUUAGAUAUUGUACCUGUUUAAGGUAAGGUCAGCAGGGUACUGGCUCAGUAUGUCCAGCAGAAAAAGGAGAAUAAUCAGGUCAGUCUGAGUUUCAUGGUAUUAAUUCACAGAUGGAAAUGGGAAGCUCUGUGAAUAAAACUCCAGAAAGUCUCAUAGGGAAAGGCUAAACUGACAGGUAAUGCAAUUGAAUGUGUGACAAAAAUACGUGCCAUUUUGGCACCAGAGGAGAACAAUUACAUGUUUUAACAAAAAAAAAGGAGCAGAAUUUCACUUGUUACAAAUUAAUCACUUGUACUCUGUGUUCUUGUACAUAAUUUCUUGUUCUGUUUGGAGUAGGAAACAAGAUAAGGCUCUCCCCUUUAUCAGUCAUAAGGAAAAAGGACAUUUUUUUUCUUUCUUUCCAGUGUUAAGAGGAAGAAAAAAAGGACUCUGCACUUGGUGAAAUUUGUCUCUUGAAUGAUGAUGAUCUUUAGUGGUUUAUAAUUAAAAGUUGAACUUUGUAAAAUGAAUGCAUAUAGCUACAAAGGCAAAACAAUUUCUAAAUGUAUUCUUACAUUCUUAUUCACCAGAGGGAUGGGAUGCCGUUCAGAGGGACCUAGACAGGCUUGAGCAGUGGGCCCAGGUGAACCUCAUGGGGUUCAACAAAUCCAAGUGCAAGGUCGUGCACCUGGGUAGAGGCAGCAUCCAUCACCAAUACAAACUGGGGGAUAAAAGGACUGAGAGCAGCCCUGCUAGAAAAGACCAGGGGGUAAUGGCGGAUGGCAAGCUGGACAUGAGCCAGCAAUGUGUCCUUGCAGCCCAGAAAGCCAACUGUAUCCUGGGCUGCAUCAAAAAAAAUGAGGCCAGCAGAGUGAGGGAGGUGAUCCUGCCCCUCUACU